AUGGCCCCUCAGCUGUUUCCUCACACCUUUGGCAAUGUGCCACAGGUCAUAUUCAUGCCAGAUAUCAGCAGGGAGUCCCACAAGUGCACCCUCACACUUGGAAGCCUGUCAGUGGCCAGGUGGCCCCUCGCCUGCUGGCCCAUCCCCUACUGGCCCAUCCACUGCUGGCCCAUCCCCCACUGGCCCAUCCCCUACUGGCCCAUCCCCACUGGCCCAUCCCCUACUGGCAAUCCCUACUGGCCCCUCCCCUACUGGCCCAUCCCCUACUGGCCCAUCCCUACUGGCCCAUCCCCUACUGGCCAUCCCCUGCUGACCCAUCCACUGCUGGCCCAUCCCCUACUGGCCCAUCACCCUACUGGCCCAUCCCCUGCUGUCCCCUCCCUGCUGGCCCCUCCCCUGCUGACCCGUCCCCUGCUGGCCCAUCCCCCUGUUUAUCCCCCUCCUGGUUGUAGCCUGCAUCCCCUACUGGCCCCAUCCCCUACUGGCCCAUCCCCUACUGGUCCAUCCCCUGCUGGCCCCUCCCUGCUGGCCCCUCCCCUGCUGGCCCAUCCCCUGCUGGUCCAUCCCCCUGACCCCUCCCCUGCUGGCCCAUCCCCUGCUGACCCAUCCACUGCUGGCCAUCCCCUACUGGCCCAUCCUCUACUGGCCCAUCCCUACUGGUCCAACCCUGCUGUCCCCUCCUGCUGGCCCAUCCCCUGCUGGCCGAACCCCUGCUGGCCCAUCCCUGCUUACCCAUCCCUGCUGGCCCAUCCCCUGGUUGGCCGCUCCACUGCUGGCCCAUCCCCCACUGGCCCAUCCCCUACUGGCCCAUCCCCCACUGGCCCAUCCCCUACACUGGCCCAUCCCCUACUGGCCCCUCCCUACUGGACCAUCCCCUACUGGCCCAUCCCCUACUGGCCCAUCCCCUACUGGCCCAUCCCCUGCUGGCCCAUCCCCUGCUGGCCCCUCCCUGCUGGCCCAUCCCCUGCUGGCCCCUCCCCUGCUGACCCAUCCCCUGCUGGCCCAUCCCCUGCUGGCCCAUCCCCUGCUGACCCAUCCACUGCUGGCCCAUCCCUGCUGGCCCCUCCUCUGCUGGCCCAUCCCAUGCUGGCCCGAACCCCUGCUGGCCCAUCCCCUGCUGGCCCCUCCUCUGCUGGCCCAUCCCAUGCUGGCCCGAACCCUGCUGACCCAUCCCCCUGCUGGCCCCUCCCCUGCUGGCCCAUCCCUGCUGGCCCUCCCCUGCCGACCCCUCCCCUGCUGGCCCAUCCCCUGCUGGCCCCUCCCCUGCUGGCCCAUCCCCUGCUGGCCCCUCCCCUGCUGGCCUCUCCCCUGCUGGCCCAUCCCCUGCUGGCCCCUCCCCUGCUGGCCCAUCCCCUGCUGGCCCCUCCCCUGCUGGCCCCUCCCCUGCUGGCCCCUCCCCUGCUGACCCAUCCUCUGCUGGCCAAACUCCUGCUGGCCCCUCCCCUGCUGACCCAUCCCUUACUGACCCUUCCCCUGCUGGCCCCUCUCCUGCUGGCCCCUCCCCUGCUGGCCCAUCCGCUGCUGGCCCCUCCCCUGCUGGCCCCUCCCCUGCUGGCCCCUCCCUGCUGA